AAAAAAGACAUGAAGAUAAGGUGAGGUUGAUAGUGUUACUCUUGAACCACAAAGACCUAUGACAUUCCUCUAAAACUACAGCUUUCACUCAUCUUCUUUCCUUCAACAUCACCCAUAACCAAAAAAAUGGCGUCUUUGCAACACUCAAUUUUACCCUCUAUUCCCCAUAAAUUUUCCCCCUCAAAUUCUUCUCAGGGAAAUAAUGCAUCAUCUGGGAAAAAAGUUUCUGUUUUGGUGAGGGCUGAGAGAGUUUCAUCUGCAGCAACAGCUUCAUGUUCAUCAAUUUCUGUCCAAGAUGGGGUAGCGAGGCGGCAACUGCUAGCUCUUGGCGUUAGUAUCCCUGGAAUUUUUUUGUUCACCGACACCCCUAUCUCAUUUGCUGCAGAAUCUAAAAAGGGUUUCCUCCCUGUCACCGACAAGAAGGAUGGCUAUACAUUUUAUUAUCCAUUUGGAUGGCAGGAAGUAGCCAUUGAGGGUGAAGACAAGGUCUUCAAAGAUGUUAUUGAACCACUAGAGAGCGCCAGUGUGAACUUGGUCCCAACUGCCAAAGAGGAUGUUCGAGAGUUUGGACCUCCAGAAAAGGUAGCUGAGACUUUGAUAAAAAAGUUCCUAGCUCCUGCUAACCAGAAAACAAAGCUUAUUCAAGCGAAAGAGCAAGAUGUUGAGGGCAAAACGUAUUACACAUUUGAGUUCAUUGCGCAGGCGCCAAACUAUACUCGCCAUGCUCUAAGUGUAAUUUGUGUUAACAAUGGUAAGUUCUACACUUUGACAACAGGUGCCAACGAAAGGAGAUGGGGAAAAAUGAAGGACAGAUUAUACACAGUCAUUGAUUCUUUCAGAGUCUUCAAUGCUUGAUUAUGGUAAACUAGACAUCUUAUAUUGACAUCCUACACUCUUUCUUGCGUGAGUUACACAGUUUUUGCCUUGUUCGAGAUUUAUUCCUCCAAAAACUUGAAUGUGGAGAAAGGAGAAUACUCACUUAAUGUAUAUUAGACCUUUUUUCUUCGGAUGACUGUUUUUGUAAUAGUCUUCUGCAUAAUCAAAAUAUAUAUUCCAUAGUUAUAGUC